AAGACAUCAUAAUUUCAUGUCCAUCCUUUCUCCCAGCGCCUCGGCCAAACGUGUAUUAAUCGGUGAUAUUCAACUUUCCGUUCAAAUUCCCAUAAGAAUAGACGCCUCAGACGCGUCCAAAUGGCCUCAUUUCUUCGAAAAAUACCGUGGCCUGGCCGGGCAUGGAAGCCUCUCGUCUUCUCCAAUCCCAAUUUCCAAAGAAUCCCCUUGGAGGAGAAAAUAGAGGAGGAGCUUUUUCCUGACUAUGUCGCAUCUCGCUACUAUCCCGCCAAGAUUGGGGAAGUCCUUCGAGACCGUUACCAGGUGGUUGGGAAAUUAGGCUUCGGAGCUAGCUCGACAGUUUGGUUGGCGCGCGACUUGAAUGGCCGUCGACAUGUCGCGCUCAAACUGUUUAUAAAUUCUCAGUCUAUGGGCCAGCAGCUGGACAAUGAGCUCGAAAUGUACAAACGUAUCUCUGCCUCAUCAACAAAGCAUCCUGGUCGAAGUGCUGUGAGAGAACUGCUCGACUCAUUCGACGUUAUUGGGCCGGAUGGGUCUCAUCGUUGUCUGGUUCACCCUCCACUCUGGGAGAGUAUUUGGACAUUCCUGAAUCGCAAUCCAGUGGGAAGGCUGCCUCCAGUGGUCCUUGCUGUCACCUUGCGUCGUCUCUUCCUCGCUCUCGAUUAUCUCCAUACGGAGUGCAAGGUCAUACAUACAGAUAUCAAAGGAGACAAUAUCAUGUUUGGUAUUUAUGACGACUCGGUUUUCACUGCCUUCGAAGAGGAGGAACUGAGUGAUCCGACUCCACGAAAGGAGGUAGACGGCAGAACCAUAUACAUAUCACGAGAGCUCCGAAAGCCAAAGGAUUACGGUGCUCCAGUACUAUGCGACUUUGGCUCCGCCGUUCCUGGCGAUAUAGAGCAUUACGAAGAUAUCCAACCAGACAUAUACAGAGCUCCCGAAGUCAUCCUUCAAGCUCCUUGGUCUUACAAGGUGGACAUAUGGAACGCGGGAUGCAUGAUUUGGGAUGUUUUCGAAGGUCGGCACUUGUUCACUGGACAUGACCCCGAGUUCCAGAAAUACCGCAGCAGGGCACAUCUCGCCGAAAUUAUCGCGCUCCUCGGUCAGCCUCCAUCCGAACUCCUUGAAGCCGGCAAGUCAAGCCACAAAUUCUUUACGGGCACCGGUGACUUUCGUAAUGAGAUUGACAUUCCUGAAAGCACGUCUCUUGCUGAGCAGGAAAUCAGUCUUGAAGGUGAGAGAAAACAGAUGUUUCUUGCUAUGAUGAGCAGAAUGCUUCAGUGGGAUCCAGCUCAGAGAUCGUCGGCGAAAGAGCUUGCUGAAGACCCGUGGAUCAUGGCGUAUAUGUAAGAUAUCUUGGUGCCUAGCAAUGUCGGAGUAUUGUAAUUUACAUCAGGAUACUUUUCUUAUGCACAUCCUGAUUGUUUCACGGACCAAGCUUGCUCGUCAGCGUCGUUAAAGCAGCAAGAAAUGGAGGCAUUUCCCUCCGCUCUCAUUGUAUGUACUCUUUUGAAGGUGUCUUUGUCUUCGAGACUCGCCCAUUAUUUCUUCAUAAGACAAGAUCACCCGUGCUCUUUCGUGCCUGAUCUGAUCCUGUUUUUUUUUUUUUUUUU